UUGGAGCAAAGUCAUUGUGCCACUUGUGCUGUUCUAUUAUGAACGAAUGCGCUUAUGUUGCAUUUCGCGAUAAGAUGUCUAUCGUUCCGCAAAUAGAUCCAAUAUUGGGCUGCCAACUUUCGAGAGCGAUGAUGCCUCCAAAUUUAACCAAUUUGUACUUACUUAUCAUGCUUCUCUGGAUCCAAGUUUUACCAUGUGCAGGCAAUGCUCCAGUGCAUGGUAUCCGACAAACGCAAUCUGAACCCGUUGGCACCAUUGUAUGGAACCCGUGUAACGAGCCUGACGACCUACCAGGCACUGACUGCGGAUACAUAAUCGUGCCAAAGGAUUAUUUGAACGCGAGCGCUGGAACAGCCAAGAUUGCUUUGGGCCGUCUGAAGGCAGAGAGCGAUCGUUUGGGCAGCAUACUAUUCAAUCCAGGCGGCCCUGGCGCAACAGCAAAAUCUGUGAUAACCAAGAAGGGCGAUAGACUUCAGUUGAGGGUCGGGAAACGCUAUGACAUUAUUGGGUUCGAUCCGAGAGGUAUUGGGGAGACCAUACCAGCUGUACGGUGCUUUGACGACAGCUUUACCUAUAAGGAUUUCCAACGCAACACCAUCCUCGAGCGAAGCUAUGAAUUCGCGUCGAAUCAAACACGUGAAGAUAUAAGGAAACUAUUGAUUCAUCAGGAGAGCGAGGUCGAUGCCCUCCUCAGAACGCAAUAUGCACGCUGCGCCAAGAAAAUGGCUGAUGAAUUAAGAUACAUGGGAACUAGCACUGUAGUUCGCGACAUUGACUUCAUCUCCAAGACACUCGAGGGCGAGGAUGCACUCAUAAACUUCUACGGUGGAUCGUAUGGCUCGGUAAUUGGGCAAUACCUGGUCAAUAUGUUUCCCGACCGCAUUGGACGAGUCUUAAUCGAUGCCAUCUCAGAUGCCACCCUCUGGAGUGGCACCCCACCUUUUCGGUGGUACCGACAAAAGCUGAUAUACUCGGAAGCGGUAUAUAACACCUUCAUCACAGAAUGCUAUCAGGCGGGACCUCAUGCCUGCGCAUUGGCAAGAGAUACAGAUAACUGUCCUGCUGACAUAGAUUCCCGUCUGGAAGGCUUCCAUGACAGUCUGUAUUAUAAUCCUCUUGCGGUUCCCGAUGCUAUCGAGCCUGGCGUCCUCACGGUCGGAAGAUCACGCUUGUAUCUCACAGUGGCACUGGAAUCACCUUCCUCAUGGCCGGAGACAGCACAACUAUUCAAUGAGGCUAUGACUGGAAAUGCGACGAAUCUUCUCAAUACGAUUCAUGAACGCAGUGUCCCUCCGGACCUUGCACGGAUCGCCGUUACCUGCAACGACGUAAAGCCUUUCCCUCCUCCAUCGACAGCGGAGCUCGUGGACGAGUAUCUCUAUGAUUACUUCAAUGUCACUAGGUUCAUCUUCGGCAUACUGACAACGGAACCUGAUGCCGGAUGUCAGUAUUGGCCGGUCACUCCACCUGAACGUUUCCAAGGUCCUUGGAAUCAUGUGUUGAGGAAUCCAAUUCUGAUUCUAACCAGUGCGGCCGAUCCUCUGACACCAGCUGGAAAACAAGUACACGAAAUGCUAGGCUCCUCCUCGCGGUUGUUGAUACGCAGUGGGCCUGGCCAUGGGUCGUUUUCUGUUCCGUCAUUAUGCGUGGCGAACUUCACGACGUCAUUUUUCGAGCGGGGUAUCUUGCCACCCGAAGGAACAGUCUGUCCACUUGAAGGCCCUCUCUUCCCCGAAGUUGCCAAAGUUCGAGACUCUAGAGUAGAUGCACGGAGUGGCCACGGCCUCAGUUCGUGAGAUGGGAACUCCUCUUCAAGUCAGAGGCGCUGGUUAUGACAGAUUGCUGUUGUGUUGCUUGAUGUUAUUUUGUGCUGCUGGGGCUCUUGGGGUCUACAUCUGUUCCUCGAUACCUCAUGCAGUCUGCGCCGCGUGCGACUCAAUGAAUGAAUGAAUGAUUUGUGCUACUUGACAACCUAGGUCAAUUGGUCCGACUUGGUCCGCCGUCAACUUUACUGACAGGACAUUGAUCAUGCCUGUUUUCUUCUAUUUUAGACGUUCAGCUACUUGUCACAAAGCGGUAUCUGACCCAAAGGAGGUCAAGCUGACAGAGCUCUGAUUAUAUGGACUUAAGUUGAGGCGUCACUGAUACGUUAUCCCCUCAGAGAACAACGAUGAGUGGCCCCCAAAGAAAGUCCUGGAACUUCG